AUCUUCGAUAAUCGAAAUAAAUGAAUAUGACUUUGUUUGAAUUCAUCGAUUCUCAAAAUGUCUCACGUACCCGAGUCUGCUUGCGUUGCAAAAUGGCCGUUUAGUCUUCCCCGCGAUGUUUGUGAUCCUCUUGUCUACGAUCUUGCUUCCUACAGCGAAAGAUUCCAGAGACAAAGUAACAGAAUAUUUUGUUCGCCAGAUGAGACCAGAAUCAAGGUUAUUUCCCUGAAGUCCGAGAAUCACACGUUCUCAAAUGCGUUUACCUUCCAAACCUUUCUGGAGCAGGAUCAAAUGGUAUCGGAUGAAGUUCGGCUAAUUUUAAUACCUCAGUUCUAUUCCUGGGGCAAGUUGAUGAUAUCCGAGCAGGCAAUGGAAUUGAUUUUGAAUAAAUUAAAAGCAUUUCCGCUCGUGUUUGAUGUUAUAGAGGCAUUUGGAGAGAGAACAGGUCCAACGAACGAGAGUCUUGGUGGAAUCCAAGUAAUUCGAAGAAAUCAAGUGGAGACAGAACUCUGCUUCUUAUUGAAGCAUGUAGAGGAACAUGGGCGUGACGAACCGGGAGACAAGUGGUCAAUUCGCCAAAUGGGUGUUUAUUCUUGCGUUGACAAUCGCGGCCCUGCAACGUUCGUAGUCAUCAACCCAUCUCAAACUUUCCAGCAGCGCUUGAAAGAAGCGAAAAAAGGCUGCCGUCGUCCGCUUGGGUCUUCCGAUGUCUUUCGGCUCCUAAUCUCAUGCUCGUCAACUCGAUGGCGAAGCCAUAUCAAUGAUCUUGAGGAGGCAUUCACUCAUCUGAAGUCAAAGGCAAACGACGCUGCUGUCGCUAGCAUUGGGAAUUCGAAUGGUAUCUUAACUAUUGACUUCGGAGAUAGCCAGGAUCUUAGAGUCAUAGCAGACAAAUUGCUACGGCUAGACCACAUUCUCGAGACUAACUCGAGAGUCUAUAGGGAUAUGGUGAAAACAAUACAGUGUCAAGAUCCAAAUGUGAGUCUGGACGAGAAGAGCGAGAAUCACGGAAAUAUCGGCUCUUCACUGGUGGAGACAGAACUACAAAGAAGCAGAGUAUUGUCCCUGCUCAAGCGAAUGGGCUCGUCAUCCGAACUAAUGCAAAAUAUCAUUGCUGCUAGAGGUCUAUACGCACUCCAACACAACGGCCAAAUCACAACGGGUAUCAUGAGGCUUGCACAGAGUGACAACAAGAUGAUGCUUGACUUUAGCCGUAAGGCCCAGAACGAUGCCCGGACUUUGAAGACCAUCACCAUCUUAACGAUGAUAUAUCUGCCGGCUUCGUUUGUGUCGCAAGUUCUAGCUAUGGGCUACAUCAAGGUGGAGACACGAGGUUCAAGCGUAAGUUUGCACUUUGCUGGCGAAAUGGUCGUCUUUGCAGUACUUUCCAUUUCCUUGCUGGCGAUGACUUUGGGAACCUGGGCCUUUCUGGAAUGGAGAAGACGCGUUCGUAGCACACGUCGACUGACGCUGCCCUCGUCCGGGAAACUGGAUGCACGUGAGCAGGAAGCGAAAGAUAUGAUUGCGUGACAAUGCACUAGUAUAGAUUUUCAG